AAAAGAAGAAGAAGAAGAAAAGGCGAAUGAGAACUCUCAGCUAUCACGUAUUGCUCGUUGAGAACAUUAAAUACCACUGGAGCUGUGCUUUGUUGUUCACUCGCAGGUGCUUGGAUCACGUCGUCGCUGGACACGUCCAUUGACCCGUGCGAAGACUUCUACAGCUUCUCCUGUCGCAGCUGGCAGCUGAAUAACCCCAUCCCAGGGGACCUGUCCACUUACGACGCGGCUACUAAGCUCAAUGCCGAACUCCUCCAGGAUAUAAGAGAUAUCCUAGAAGAAACACCGUACAAGACAUCCGGGCAGAAUGUCACCGACAAGGUGGUGAUGGCCUAUCAUCUAUGCAAGAAUGACAAUGUGUCAGCUACAGAUGAAGCGCAAGCCUUGAAACACCUGCUCUCUUUCGUUGGCAUCAGCGGCUGGCCUCUAUGGGGCGCUCCUUCUUUGGGUGAAAGCGACGUAUUCUGCUACGACUGCUUCGCAAAAAUACUUCUCCAAACUGGCUACGCAAGUAGUAGCUCUGUGAUAAAUCUGUUUGUGGAUCAAGACUCCUGGAACGUAACUCAAUACGUCGUUAUCGUUAGCGAGCCUGCAUUUGGUAUCGGAAGGAAUCAACUUCUAAAUGCCACCGCCGAUGACAAUAGGCCUAUCGUGGAUGCGUACAAGACGUUCAUGCGGGAAAGCAUCAAAGUAUUCCAAGAAGGCCUCCGAGAUGAUGAAAUAAACGUCAUCGUUGAGGACAUGUUCCGCUUGGAGGUAGAACUGGCGAUGAGAACACGAUCCCCAGAAUCGCGGCGACAGCGCGCAGACGUGAAGAUGAGUAUCGCAGAAUUGCAAGAACAAGUGCCACAAGUACAAUGGAAGGUAUUCCUCAACACCGUCCUGGAGAAUAUCAACGUCACAUUGAAUGACGAUGAACUUAUCCUAGUAAGAGAACCAGAAUUCGUCAAGUCAGCUGCUCAGCUUCUGAAGAAUACAGAUAGGAGAACGACGUACAACUAUAUGGCUUGGAGCAUGUUGAGGAACGUAGCUCCAACAACAAGUAGAGUGUUCCGUGAGCUACGCUUUGCCUUCGAACAAGUUGCGGAGGGAGUUCCAGACAGGGCUCCCCUGUGGAAGAAAUGCGUUGACAGCCUCAACGACUUGGCUGAGGACGCAAUAGGAAGGCUUUAUGUAGAGCGCAAGUUUAAGGCACAAGCGAAGGAAGACGUCGCAAAGCUGGUAGAGGACCUGCGAGAAACCUUUGCGCUGGUCCUAAAUGAAAGUUCAUGGAUGGACGCAGAGACAAAAGAAGAAGCUCUGAGAAAGCUGAAAUUGACGGAAGCAAACAUUGCGUACUCGGACAAGAUCCUCAACAACACGUACCUGGACAGAAAGUUUCACUCGGUAAACGAAUGGAACAACGAAACUUCCUUCCUGGACGUAUUCACCAACUUUACCUACAGCCAGGUUACGAGAGAACUCAAGAAGCUGCACAGGUCCCACAAUAGGACUGAUGAAGACCCCAUGCAAGCUGCCGUUGCAGAUGCUUUCUACAGCAGAGAAGGGAACACAGUUAAUUUUCCAGCAGGAAUAUUGCAGAUUCCAUUCUAUGCACUAGGUUUACCCAUUGCAGUAAACAUGGGUGCGAUUGGUGUCGUCAUCGGACAUGAGAUCACACACGGUUUCGACGACAUGGGUUCGCGCUUGGACUCGGAAGGGAACCUUCGUAAUUGGUGGACCAAUGCAACGCGGGCACACUAUGAGGAAAAGGCUCAAUGCUUCAUCCAUCAAUACAGCGAUAUAAGGGACGAGGAGACCAAUAUGACGUUAGAAGGCAUAAACACACUGGAUGACAACGUAGCUGAUUGCGUCGGGAUCAGAGUGGCAUUCAAGGCUCACCAGAUUGCCCAGCGGCAUAAAGAAAACAAGCCAGUUAGGACAUUGCCAGGCCUGAAGAAAUACUCCGCUGAACAGAUGUUCUUCAUUGCUAUGGCCCAGACGUGGUGUACGAACACACGAACCGAAAAGCUGAGGGAGCUGAUACAGUACGACGAUCACAGUCCUGCCAAAUAUCGAGUGAAUGUUCCCGUGGCAAAUUUUGGGGAGUUCGCCAAGGCAUUCAACUGCCCCGAAGAUUCCCCGAUGAAUCCAAAGCAUAAGUGCAUCCUGUGGUGACCACACGACAGAGUCAAGAAACAGACACCAUCGUCUAAGCACGUCAACUACCGACAAAUUGCCGCCGUGUUCUUGGCGAGCGGCGUAGAGGCAGGAAAGUGUCCCUAGUCACCUAUCGAACACAAAAUUUUCACGUUUCGCGCAAGUACUGCUUGCCGGAACGAUUAUGCAACCUCAUGACUCCAACGUGUGCCUUGUGUGUCGACAUGAAGUCGGCGAUAGAGCUUUCGCGAAACGAUUGCUGUCACAUCGCACGUCGACAGAACCUAAAGAAAACCGGGAUCGAGACCGGUGGGAUACUUCAAUAUGUGUUUAAAGAGCGUCUAGACACUGAACACGGCAUUGAGGUGCACAUCUUGCUCCGUUUAGGACUGUAAUACCAGUUGUUUUCGUGUAAAACGACUUUUUUUUUUUUUUUUCAUUCGAUGUUAGCAUCAAACAGCGUCUGUGGCUAUGGGCAGUAUGCCGACGUGGACAGAUGUAGAAAAGAAAACUGAAAAAGUGGGAGAGCGGCGUGGGAUAGUAUGCGUCCUGGGUUGACUUCACUGGGUACUAGCUGUAUCGACAUCCGUCUGGAAAAUCGCAAGACCCUGGAAAAUCUCAGGCAGCCCAUCCGGUAGUAAGAUUCAACGUUACCACUGUCCAGUUUCAGCAUCACCUUGGAACUACCACCAAGUUGAGGAUGCUGUUCUCCAACUAGAGAGAACUGACAUGUUUCAGAAAGAAGACGAUGGACUCCCACUGAAUACUUUAGGAUUACCUGCGACGUGACGUCAAACGCUCUUUCUUAUACUUUUGCGAAGGCGGUGACAUGAAGCAAAAGAACAGACACAAGGACUACCGUAUCCUUCAAACUUGAUUUCCUUAACAUCACACAGAAAUGAUGAAUAAUACACAAUACAGUCCUUCCACGUACACUGCAAUGUAAUUAUCUUCCCUCCUUUCUAUUGGCUGGUAUAAAUUUUAAUUUUUCAA